AUGUCCGACCUCCCACCGAGAGGUUGGGGCGCGAGGCCCCCUGGGGCAGUUCCUAGGAGCCGUCGUGGGGGGGACUCGGGCUCCGCACCACCAGCAAUACCACCAUCGGUCGCUGGCUCAUCGUCUUUUGGUGGUGAUGCCUCGCCAAUCUCGCCAGACCCUACCUCGACUAGGGCCACAUACUCGACGGUCAUGCCAGCUCGAUCUCGCCACACGUCACCCCGCCGCAGGUCCCGCUCCACCAUGGGCUCUGCCCAUUCGUCUGAAGAUGAGUCUGACUCAGGGACGGCCCACCCCCAGGAGAUGGAGGUUGAGGGCACUCAGGGAGGGGAGGAGGUCUUGAGGGACCCCUCCGUCGACCUACUCCUAGGUCAAUACGCCUUGAAGUUCCGAGACACGGUCGAGGAUCUUCCUGGCGAUCUCGAGGUAUUGACCACCUCCAUUGCGAAGGCCACAGAUUGGGUUCUGCGGGCAGCGCACCACAAUCCGCUCACCAUUGAUGGGGGCGAUGCCUUUGUGGCCCAGAUGACGUCCUUCGUGAACGCCGUCAUGGCCACUGACUUCAGUCGUAUUCGCGGUCCAGGCGAACUCGACAAUUUCUCGCUCGCCUCCCUCCUCGAGGCUGAGACGUCUUCCAAGGACGAGCCAACCAUUCACCCGGCUCCCGUAUUCAGGCCUCCUCCUCCUGCUGCCCAUGGGCCGCUCGACGAGGGUGUCGCUGGCGUAGGGGCCCCGCCCGACGUCCUCAUGCAGGCAUUGGACGACCUUGGUCGCCCGGCCUCCCCUCCUCGCAUCCCCGCCUCUAAGAAGCGUAAGGGUGUCGAUCGUCCGGUCCCACCUCCUCCUCAGAAGAAGAGUAAGGUGGCCUACUCUCGCCCUGGUCCGCCUCCGCCGAUCAAUCGCGCCACCAAACCCAAGCCCCGUCCAACGACGUGGGCAGGGAUUGCCAAACAGGCCGCUCCGAUGCCUCCCCCGCCUCCUGGCUUGGGACCGCAACGUCGUGGGCCUUCCCCUCCCCCCUCAUUCCCAACGGGGCCCCACCUCGGAGGUACCCCUCCCGACCUCAUGAAAUUCUUCACCGAGUCGGCUGUUCGUGCAGCCAAUGGGUACCUCAGGGAUGGUCGAUCUAUGCUUAAGGUCACCUCCAUUGUCCGUGCAUACGACGGUUUGUCGUUGGUCACCCCCACCGUUGCCAGCCCGUCCGACCUGGACGUACUGCGUAACUUUAUUCGCGAAAGCCUCCCAACGGGUACUCCGUUCGAGGUCGCGCUCCCAUCAUCAACAUCUUUCAUAAAGAUCCUCGAUGUUCCCUACUUCGAUCUGAAAGGGUUGAAGAUCACCCAGGAGGCGCUUGAAAAGGCCCUCCGUACCUCGGUUCAUGCUGAGGUCUUCGCAUAUCUGAGCACCAAGCCUCGGAUCGACCGCAACUCGGCGCACUCAACAUCGUGCACCGUCUAUUGCAAUAUUUGGGAUUCCCAGCAGGGAACCCGUGCCAAGAAGGCCUUAGGCCAACCGAUCUUCCUCGCUGGGCGGUCCUGCGCAAUCAGGCCCGCUGCACGUCACACCGGGGUCCCGCUAUGCCAGCGCUGCUGGAAGUGGGGCCACCCCACUGUCGCCUGCAAGGCGAAACAACUCUCUUGCCCCAUCUGUUCGGGUCCACAUGAGCAGAAGGAGCACCGUCAACAUGCGGGAUGUUGCAAGGGCAACGCGAAAGCGAAACCCCCUGUGCCGCCCACCCCUCGCGACCAGCCCUGCCCCCACAAGGGCCGCUGUGUCAACUGCCACAAGGACCACGCCGCCAACUCGGCUUCGUGUAAGUUCUGGGCCCAUCGCUACGACCGUGAGUGGAUCAUGGCCGAGUAUCGUCAGACUAAUGUUGGGAAACCAGCAGGAUCUAAAUAG